CCCUCCCCCCGCAGGGUGACUAUAGGGUAUGAGGUCUGCCCCUCCCCCUGCAGGGUGACUAUAGGGUAUGAGGUCUGCCCCUCCCCCCGUAGGGUGACUAUAGGGUAUGAGGUCUGCCCCUCCCCCCGCAGGGUGACUAUAGGGUAUGAGGUCUGCCCCUCCCCCCGGGUGACUAUAGGGUAUGAGGUCUGCCCCUCCCCCGUAGGGUGACUAUAGGGUAUGAGGUCUGCCCCUCCCCCCCAUAGGGUGACUAUAGGGUAUGAGGUCUGCUGCCCCUCCCCCCCAUAGGGUGACUAUAGGGUAUGAGGUCUGCCCCUCCCCCCCGCAGGGUGACUAUAGGGUAUGAGGUCUGCCCCUUCCCCCCGCAGGGUGACUAUAGGGUAUGCCCCUAUCCCCCCGCAGG